AUGGAAUCUGCGGACAGUUCCAAUGCAGCCAUCUCCUACACCCAGGAUGGCGCACCGGGAUCCUACUCUCUGCGCGAGCUGAUCAGAGACGUGCCGCUGUCGACCGAUGACGACGGCGUCCGAGCACACAUUACCUGUGCCGAUACGUGGAAUGGCAACCUCUACAUUGGCACGUCUUCCGGAGAGGUCUUCCACUACGUCUCUAUCCCACCAGAUCCAUCCGACGAGAGCAGCGGCCCCAGCUACAUCUUCGCGACCCGCAUCGAACCCGCCUUCACCCACCAACAGCAGGGAGCAGAUGCUGGUGUAAAACAGAUUCUGCUGCUACCCAAUGCUGGCAAAGCAUGCAUCGUGUGCAACAGCACCCUCACUUUCUACACUCUGCCGGAGCUGAGUCCAGCGUUCGAUGGCAGGAUCAGGCAAGCAGGAUGUCUGUGGGUUGGCGGUCGUGAUCGGAACGAGAAUGGCGGUGACAAUGGCAACACUGGGGGAACAGUGGUGGUGAUUUGCUUGAGGCAAAGGCUACGGCUGAUCAAGAUAGGUGAAGAGGCGCGUAAGAUUAGAGACAUCGAGCUGGGCGGGGUGUCCACUCUCGAGAGAAGAGGGGAUCUCGCAUGCGUAGCAGAUGGCAACGCCUACUCUUUGCUUGAUGUCGUAAAUCAGCGUAAGAACGAGCUUUUCCCAAUAUCAUCCUUGAGCGAAAUCAGGCCGCCAUCGCAGGACAUUCUGGCUCCAGCACAGAAUCGCCAGGCCUCGAGAAGCUUCUCAUCCCACAGUCCGAUUCGUCAAGGUCGAGGCCAUCAGCGGAAUAUCAGUCUAGGUGGCCAACCGCAGAGCAGGGACCGCUUGCACCCAGACAGCAGUUCGCCAUGGCCAGCGAGGAGCUCAUCCCGUGUGAUCGAGCCCGCCGAGUCUCCUGCUCCUUCAAGUCGAGAGGAGAGCCCGACUAAGCCUGACGCAACGACUACUUCAGCGGCCAGUGAAGGUUCUCAGACUGCCUCCACACAGCAGCCGCCCAAACAGACACUCCCGCCGAACAUAGUCUCGCCUACUGCCAACGAGUUUCUCCUGACGACAGGCACAAAGAUGACAGAUCCUGGUGUUGGCAUGUUUGUGAAUCUAGACGGCGAUGUGGUGCGUGGAACCAUUGAAUUCAGCAGCUAUCCUGAGUCGCUUGUUCUGGACGGUGCUUCAAGUGCAGAAGUUCUGCCAUCUCCAGAUGGGACCCCACAAGAAGGUCACGUGCUUGCUGUGGUACGGAAAUCGCGUGGAGAAACUGCCGAAAGAUGUGUAGAAAUCCAAAGAUGGGAUGCGGAUCCUGGCGAGGCUCACAGGACCAAAGAAUGGUUGACACUUGCGUCAGCGAGUACUGCAUCAGAGGACGGCUUUGCUAGAGGCACUGGACUUCGCACUGCAUCAACGGCAGCUGAUCUCGCCGUCGGUGACGUCUCCUCAAGCCUACGACUAAGGCGGCUCAAGCUUCAGCAGCAGCUCGAAGACAGCCUCGAGACUAAACGAAACGAAGAGGAGGACAAGUUGGCAUCUCGUUUUGCUCAGAUGCAAGCAAAUGUACUGCUUUUCGCUGACGACAAGGUAUCUUGGGUUGUGCGUAACCCGCUCAUAUCCCAGCUCGACCAGCAACUCAACCAAGCUGUACAACAGACCAGCGACAGUGGUUUGUCCAUUGAAGUACCGGUGGUACAACGCGUCGUCAACAGCAUCCGUGGUCAAGAACCACGGAACGAAUUGGAGUUCCUAACGUUGACCUACAUCAGGCAGAAAGCUGCUUUGCUGCUAUUCGGGAAUUUGGUCCUCCAAACGAUCAAUGGGGUCAUCUCAUAUGAGCACGACAAGCGUCGAGCAGAAGAUGCACUCGUGUCGGGGGAGAUAGACCCUCGAAUCGUUCUAACCAUCGUUCCUCCUCUCGAUCAGGAGAUUGCAGAGGGCAGCAGUGGUAUAUGGCUUCCUCAAGGGAUUAGAGAUACCGUCGAGAAGCUACGGCAGAGCUUCGAUCGAGAGAACAUUUCUCGAGAUGUCAAGGGACCUUAUGGCGACAACCUGCUCAACCUGGUGAAGCGAUAUCUGAUGGUGUGGCGCAAGAAAAAGGGGUUUGGCAGCGUCGCAGACGAAGCAUCUGUUUUCAAAACUGUCGAUGCCGCCCUCCUUCACGUCUUGCUCAUGCUAGAUCAGAACAGCCCUCGCGGGCCAGCCACCGCGGGAUCCGUGAGAGCGGAGCUUAACGAGGUCGUAGAUAAAGGGGUGGACUGCUUUGAUCGAGCCAUUGAGCUUUUUGAGCAGUAUCAUCGGCUCUUCAUGCUCAGUCGUCUGUAUCAAAGUCGCAAGAUUCCGUCCCAAGUUCUGGCAACCUGGCGGCGCAUCUUAGAAGGCGAGAAGGACACAGGCGGUGAGCUGAUCGAAGGCGAGCAGAGUGUUCGCCAGUACCUCAGCAAGAUCAGGGAUCAAGCGCUUGUGCAAGACUACGGAUCAUGGCUCGCGCAUAGGAACCCGAAGCUCGGCGUCCAGGUCUUCGCCGAUGACAGCAGUCGAGUCAAGUUUCAACCUACGGAAGCUGUGGCUAUCCUCAAAGAGCGAGCUCCUGGUGCUGUGAAGGACUACCUGGAGCAUCUUGUCUUUGGCAAGAACCACGUCCAAUAUGUCAACGAUCUGAUCGCUUUCUACUUGGACACAGUGCUCACUGAGCUGAAAGACUCGGAAGAGUCCCGAAACACCCUCUUACAAUCCUACGAGACGUACAGAGCGCUCCAUCCACCAAAGCCGACGUAUCGCCAAUUCAUCACCGACAACGCCAUUGACGCGGAAUGGUGGCGGAAUCGUCUACGACUAUUGCAGCUCAUAGGUGGAAGUCACGGCGCCGCAUCAAAGUACGAUGUCCAUACGCUUGGCGAGCGUCUGGCUCCCUUCAGCAAUGAGCUGGUGCCCGAGAUGAUCAUCCUCAACGGACGAGAGGGCAAACACGAAGAAGCUCUGAGGCUGCUCACCCACGGACUUGGAGACUACGACACGGCGAUCCGCUACUGCUUGUUAGGGGGCUCGAGCAUUUUCCACCCUGGCUCUGGGCUAGCACCAGAGCAGCCUCUGCCUACCAAAGAGGAGCAAUCACAGCUAUUCGAGUACUUGCUGAAUGAGUGCUUCAAGAUCGAAGACCUCAGCGAGCGUCUGGAGCGAACGGCGGAACUACUCGAGCGGUUCGGCGGCUGGUUCGACGUCGCGAAGGUCCUCGAUCUGAUCCCUGAUUCAUGGUCUGUGGAACUUGUCGUGGGUUUCUUGGUGCAUGCAUUCCGAAGGCUGGUGAGGGAGAAAAACGAGACCGUCGUUAUGAAGGCUUUGAGCAGCGCGCAGAAUCUCAGGCAGAGCGUGGAGUUCAUUGAGAAGAUCGAGGGGAUAGGACCUACGGUGGUGAAUGCUGAGGUCGAUGUGGAGGGAUCAUGA